AUGGUAAAGAAAGCGAUGAAAGAUUGUAAGGAUGAUAAAACUCUUCUUCAACUUCUUGAUGCUCGACAACUUGCUUUAAAGUUGAUUGCAAAUGUCACUUAUGGUUACACAUCAGCAAACUUCUCAGGACGAAUGCCGUGUGUUGAGAUUGCUGACGCCAUUGUUCGUAAAGCACAUGAGACCCUGGAACGAGCUAUCAAUCUCGUGAACACAUGUGAUGAGUGUUCUUGUGUGGUCUAUGGGGACACCGAUAGUCUUUUCGUAUUAGUAAAAGGUGCCAGUAAAGAGGAAGCGUUUAAGAUUGGAAAAGAAAUUGUUGAUGCUGUUACUGCAGAGAAUCCUAAACCUGUGAAACUAAAGUUUGAAAAGGUAUAUAUGCCUUGUUUUCUUCAAACAAAGAAACGUUACGUUGGUUAUAUGUACGAAACAUUUAAACAGAAAGAUCCAGUGUUUGAUGCGAAAGGAAUAGGGACUGUACGGCGAGAUACAUGUCCAGCGGUCGCUAAGAUUUUAGAGAAAUCUUUAAGGAUUUUAUUUGAAGAAAGCGACGUGAGUCUUGUGAAGAAGUUUGUCCAGCGGCAGUUCGUUAAAAUGAUGAAAGAUAGAGUAUCGAUUCAGGAUUUCAUCUUUUCUAAGAAAUAUCGUGGUAUGAAAAGAUAUAAACCAAAAGCAUGUGUUCCAGCUUUGGAAAUUGCAAGACGUCAUUUGUCACGUGAUCGUCGCGCGGAACCUCGCGUGGGCGAACGUGUACCUUACGUCAUUGUUAACGGCUGUCCUGGACUACCAUUGAUUCAAUUGGUUAAAGAUCCUAUUGAUGUGUUAAAUGAUAAAAAUCUACGCCUCAAUACCAUCUACUAUGUUCAGAAACAAAUACUUCCUCCAUUGGAUCGAGUUUUUUCCUUGAUUGGUGUUGAUGUGUUUUCAUGGUAUACACAACUACCCCGCUAUAUCCCUCGACAUCGUGUUAUUGCAAGGAAACAAAAACGUUCGAUUUCUCGGUUUUUUACAACUCUACACUGUCCUGUAUGUGAACAAUUAACACAGCAUGGUUUGUGUCAAAGUUGUCGUAGCAACCCUCAAAAGUCUGUCUUUAUUCUGGCAAGUAGAGUGGGGAACUGGGAAAGAAAAUACAGUCAUCUUAAAGAGAUAUGUUUUCAGUGUUGUGGAGCUAGAGAUGAACAACUGAGCUGUAUAUCACUGGAUUGUCCUGUUAUGUUUAAACUAGAGAAGUUAAAACAAAUAUGGAAUAUGGAAUGACAUUAAGAGACUUUCAAAAACAAUUGAAGAAAGUUAUGGUCAGUCAGAGGUAAACAAUAUAACCACCAAACGUUGAUGGUAUAUUAUCAUCGUUGAAUUCUUGAUGAAAUACAGAUUUCACAUUUUUCACUAGAGCAUUUUCUUGGCGAAGCACAUUUGUUAUAGAUUUAACUUUGUGAGGUUAAACCAAAGGCGGCCCAAAAAAUCACUUAAAUUGUAUAAACAAACGAUAACUUGCCCAUUUCAUUGUAACAGACCGUGCCCCGCAAACUUUGUAUUGAUUAAUUGUAUCUAUAUUAUAUAUUCAUUUAUGUA